UAGGGCCUCAAAUUGCAUUUUUACUUGUCUCUACUUCCAGCUUGUACAUCUCAAGUUUUUCAUGAAGAACCACAUACGUGCUUUUGGGCAAGAGGUUGCCACAUGUUGCUCUAUCUGUGGUAGAAAGCGUUCUACCCAACGAAAAUUUGGGAAAAGGUUAGAGCCGGUCUAAGAUACGAGAAUUAACAUUGGAGUCAAUGGGAAAAUCUUUAGUGAUCUGUGGCCAUGUGAGGUGUGGUUUUCUAAGAAUAUCUACUUUCAGUUUAAACAUAAUAUAACGUGUGUCGGGGCUUAGCAUUCAUACAAUAACAUAGAUAAACUGGCUUCUGGAAGAUGCUUCGUAAUAAGAAAUCUGUCGGAGGACUAUAUAACCAUGUGGUUUGUAACUUAACAGUAGAGACACUGUGACCCACGCACGCUUUACGUUAUCGCUAUUAGUGUUACUCUAUUUGUUUGUAUUUCUAUAUAAUACGUAUUGGUUAUAGGCCUGGUUGUGGUUGUGGUGUGACCUAUAUAGCCAGUUAAUGCAUUAGAUAAGUCAAUCAAGUAUACGUUACACGACACGGGCGAUAGACGUUAUAUAAGACUGUAGUUAACUGCUGUCAUUUUCACUCCUCGUACAUCAAAUGUAGCUGUUAUUGUUUCAACAAUAUACAUAACUAUCUAAACUUAUUGGGGUGAUUUGUAUCUUGAAUUGUGAAGAUAAUAACGACAUUAAUCACUGUUAUGGAUAAUCAAGUUUAGGGUGUAUGUAACAUGGUGACCAUAGAGUGUGUGAAAUAGCUUUAUUUAACGUCCGAUUCCUCCGAGGUGAUAUCGCAGACAAGUGACCACAGAAACGUCUGUGGACUAAAAUAGAUCAUAAUCAACAUGGCGACUAACACCACGGAUAACCGACCACUGUGCAACAUUUGUGUAAUGGACUUUCACCAUUAUAGAUAACAAGGGUUGGGUGUGUAGGCUAACCGUAAGGAGGUGACCAUAGAAACUUGUGUGGACUAAAUUAGAUCAUAUUCAAUAUGGCGACUAACAUCACGGACAACCGUCUACUGUGUAACAUUUUGUGUAAUCGACUGUCAUCAUAAUGGUUACACAAGUGUAGGCUAACCGUAAGAAGGUGACCAUAGAAACGCGUGUGGACUAAAUUAGAUCAUAUUCAAUAUCGCGACUAACACCACGGACAACCGUCCACUGUGCAAAAUGUGUGUAAUCAAUUGUCACCAUUAUAGAUAACAAGGGUUGGGUGUGUAGGCUAACCGUAAGGAGGUGACCAUAGAAACGCGUGUGAACCAAAUUAGGACUAAAUUAGAUCAUAAUCAAUAUGGCGACUAACGCCAUGGAUAAACCACUGUGUAGCAUAUGUUUAAACGUGCAGCGACAGCCUAAGAUAAUCGACUGUCAUCAUUCAUUCUGUUUCUCGUGUCUUGAAGAUUAUAUCAACAAAGUCUCUACUAACAACCAGUUCCCUUGCCCAUUAUGCCGUAAUAUUGUUAACAUUCCUGUUGGUGGUGUGACGCAAUUUGAGUCUGAUUUGAAUGUUCCACAGGAUUUGGUGAGUAGUAUAACUUGUAAGACAGAAAUUCCCCCAUGCGAUGCCUGUAAAACUGGUGUUAAUUCUGAGUUCAGGUGUGAGAACUGUGAACAAUAUUUGUGUAACCCUUGUAGAACAACACAUGAUGGGCUUAAAGUAUGUCAGGGUCACUUGGUAGUAGGUGUCAAUUCUGAGUUUGAGACUCCCAGAGGAGAUAAUCCAAAGUCUGCUUCUAAGGAUAUUUGUCCAAACCACCCGGAAAAAGAAGUCAGAUGUUAUUGUAAAGACUGCUCGUUGUCAGUCUGUCUAGAAUGUUUUGUGAUCGGUCAUAAUGGACAUAAAUUCUUAGAUUUACAGGACGAAAAGAUUAAAGUCGAGACGAGAGAGAAACUAAAGCAAUUAAAAAUGUAUCUAGCAGCCCGAAUUGACGAAUUCUAUAAAUAUACAAAUUCUCUGAAAGCAUCUGUUGCAGAUAUUGAAAGCUGUGCUGAAAAAUCUUGUAAAGCUGUCGAUACACAAGUUGAAAAGAUUUGCUCCGAAGUCAAACAAAUUGGUGAAGACGUUAAAAUUAAGAUUCACAAGUCACAGGAUGAUGAACGAAGCAAGUUAACCAAACCGCUUAAAGAGAUGGAAAUGUUAAUAGAAGAUUUAAAAGCCAGUGUUAAAUGUACAGUAGAUGUUAUAGAAGAUACAUCUAUUGUUCAGGUUUUAAACAGAAUACCACAAGUUGAUAAAGAACAAGAAGAGUGUAAAUUAAAAAAGUUGGAUAUUCCUGUUGUAGAUUACACGUGGUUUGAAGCAUCAUUGAUUGAUAAAACAAAAUUAGUAGAACAACUAGGAACAUUACUGUAUCAGUAUACCUUUACCAGUACAUUUAAUGUUGAUGAUGAGAAUUUACAACUGGGGAAGGAGGUUUAUACCGACGCUCUUUACAUUCAAGGUUUAGCUUGGCGUUUCCUUGUCAGAAAAUCUAAGAAAUCCCCACCAAGUCUAGGUUUAUUUAUCCAACUGAAAGAUGAAGGCCACAGACUGGAUGUUAAAUCUUGCCAAGCAACUAUUACUUUUAAACUCCUUAACGUGAAACAUAUGAAACAGUCAACUGAAAAAACAUCAAGUAAUACAUUUAACCCCGGCACCGAUUGGGGAUGGUCUGAAUUUGUAAAUUGGAAUAACAUCUUAGCAAAUAAAGAGGUAGGUUUCCUUGAUGAUAACAACAACUUUACUAUACAGGCAUCGGUCAGAGUAAUUAACAUUGAACGUGGUUAAUAUUUGAAAACUAUCGAUCAACAGAAAAACGUGAUAAACAUAAAUGAAGUCAGUUAACUUUUUUGUACAAGCUCCCGUAAUACAAAUGUUUAUUUAAAGAUGCAUUAUAUAAGUUUUAGUUAAAGAGCUGACCAUUCUCGCUGUAUUAGUUCAAAAUUAAAUAAUACAAAAUGAAUAUAUUUAAAAUUGCAGUUAUUUUAAUUUAUUACUGCCCAUUGGAACCUUAACCAAUUAUAUGACGCGGGUGUUCUGAUCUAUUUAAUAUUUCAGCCAUCCGAUGAUUUAGAGAGAGAGUUGAUGGUUUGUCAUGUGAAUACAUGUUAAAAUAAUAAUCUUGAUAACAUUUAAAGCCAGCAAAAAGGAGGAGGGGUAGGACUGGGGGCCCUGUAGAAAGUCAACUACAUGUAUCAUUGGUUAACUGUUUGAGUCCUCUAAACUAAUUAUAAUUUAAAAAUGUGUUAUUAAAAGUUUUUGAGGAGCGAUAACAAGUAUGUUUGUUUUUAAAUUAUUGUUUUCACCAGUUCAAAUUCAUAUGGCCUUACAAGUUUCAAAUCCCAAUUAAAAACCCACUUGCUCAAACAA